UGAAUGAGCAGACACCUCUGAAUGUGGAUUUACAUCGAGCGCUGAGGAAGAAGUGCUUUUUCACGUUUUUGAGAGGCUUUUUUUUGAAGAGAAACUUUUUGGAGUUUCAGUCUGGAUUUAUUAAUUCAUGAGCCAUGAGUCUGUUAUUCUGCUCUCUGAAGCUGACGGCUGCGUGGUAGCUCUCAAACAGUACAAGUUCAAUCCAAAGCAACAUUAGAAAACAACCGGUAAGCAUUAAUAGUAGCAAGUAGCAAUGUGGUGGUAGUUUCUGAGAUGAGUCAUCAAAACAGUGGCGUUGAGGAGGUGUGGAUCUCCCUUGAAAGUGGAAAGAUGCAUCAAUGAUGCAUGAUGUUGAUGAUGAAGUAGAUGCUGUGCUUCAAGAUAACUGCUAUUAAGGGUGAACCAAACUUUGUUCAUUGAUCCUGUUGUAAAUGCAGCUAUAGAUUUAGAAACAAUGUUACUCUGAUAUAUACUCUCCUCUUUUUUUUGCCCUUUGACCUUUUUUGCUUCUCAAUCUGUGAUCUUAAGUUAAAAUGUAAUUAAUGAAGUGAAAGUGAUAGCAACAACUCAUGAGAUGUUCCACCUGAUGCUUUAGGAGUAGUUUGUCGUGGAAAAGCACAGGAGUUUUAAUUGAAACCUGUUAUCCCCUGCAUAACAGUGGUCAGGUCAGGUGGUGGUGACACCUUGACUUUCCCUGGGAAGCCCCUUUACUGUUGCAUAACUCAAUCACUUAUGUGCUGCAGGUGCUAAUUUUAUCCUCUUUAAAAGGCUUAAGUCUCAUUAAUGCUGGAGCAGAAUGUAUCAGACAGUCGUGGUUGACUUGGCAGGUGUUCUAUCCUCACCUUAUGUGGUCUCUGUUACCUUUAGGGUCUUAUACAAUUUUUUUUUUCACAUAUAGGAAGAUCAAACAUGAUGCUGGCUGAGGGAUAAGAGUCUAGUAGGAUCCAAAGAGUCAUUAUCUGACACCUUUUCUGCCCUCUUUAGGAGUAGAUGUUUGUAAAUGGAGCCACAUCAUUUUCAACACAUCUCCAAGCUUUGCAUUGAGGAAAUAAAUACAUGAAUCUUUUCUUCUCUGCCUGUGCAACCAGUAUAAAUUCACCAAUCCUCCAGGUGUUAAAGUCAUGAAGGUCAAGUAUCCAAAUAACAUGGACAAUCACUCUUACGUAACAGUGAAAGUCUGUGCUCUACAGAGGAUUUAAAGGCUGCACAGGGGAGAGCUGAUCUUUAAGUCAAAGAGGCUUUACACCAAACCACAACAAACCUCAGACACUUGUUGCUUCGGUUACAUUACAAAGCAGCCAGAGGGGAGGAAUAAAAAGACGAGAUUAACUGGAAUCAGCGGCUUGAACCAACAAAAUUACCUGUAAAAUUCACUGAAAUUUAAGAAAACACCAGGUUUAAGUCGGUGACCAUCACAAAACAUCCACAACGCACGCUCAAAUGUUACAUUCAACACCAAAACAGAAUUUCUGAAAUUAUCAUAAAUGACUAUGCAUAAACCUCCAACAGAAGCAGCAGCAGAGGGGAGGAUAUGAGUAACAGCUGCCGUUCUGUUUACUCAAAUUUAUCGAGUAAAACUGGAAUAAAUUGUUUAAAAUGCAGAUUAUGAACAGGCUCUUGAUAGAUUCUGUGCUAAUUGUUUGGGAGUGUCAGUCACUAAUUAUAAAAAGGCCAUCUGCAAACUUUGUAUCCAUUUGCAUGCAUUCAGAAUGCAAAAGUAUGCAGCAUUAAUUGAGUUAAACCAUGUGUGUGUGCGCCUUCAUUAAUUAAUUAAUGACACCAUGAUUUUUUUUUUCUGAUAUCACUCUGGUAUGUAAUGUUGGCAAUUUAAUACUUGUUGCAAAUUUCAUUCCUCGCUGCAUAAAUGACUGGGUAAUGAUACCGGCAGAACAAAGUGUUUCCUUUUAGUGGAUUCAGCCCAGUUUUUUCCCCCAAGCAUGUCUGCAAUCAGCAUCACCCAUCUACCAAGACAGAUGACUGUCAACAGCCGUCAGGGACCGACUUGGUAGGAGGAUGUUAAGUGUCGAAUUUUCCUGAGAGCUUGAACUUUAAAUGAAAAGUCAGGGUAUCCUCGGGCUUUACAAGUUUACAUGUAUUUGAAUGACGGCUGACAGAGGGUGACUGAUGGUUGCUCAAGAAGUAAUAUUGGAGAUGGAAAAAAGAAUAUAAAUACCUGAAUGCAACACCCUAAAACCCUAACUGCACUUUAGAAAACAUGCUGCAACUUCCAUGCAUGCAGCCCAAAGUUAUUCACAAGGACACAAGCAUAGGAAAUAUAAACACAAAGUUGAAAUAUUAUGAUUAUAACAAUGAAUUAUGAUGAUAAACGCAUUAAGAUAAAAUCAAAUUGAUAAUUAAUGCAAUCAUGUUAAGGUAAAAUAGAUAUUUAGCAGGAUUUGGCUGACUCGCCAUGCCUCGGAGAAGGGUUCACAAACUGCUCAGUGGUAUCAUUGUGGCUUUAAACUGUUCAUAACCAAAGUCUUGCUCCUACUUGUGCAGAUUCCCUCCUGUAUAAAUUGCACCCAUAAAAGCACAAUCCCCCAUUGGCCUUCCACCAAUCUACCACUCUGUGUGCCCGUAUGCACAGCUAAGCAUGAAGUACUUCCCAUGGGAGUCAAACCCCAGGACAUUACAGUAGUUAGGAACAGAGUUUCUUCUGUGGUAAAUCUCUAGCUGAAGCCUUCACGUAUAUCUGACUCACACCUGCGGGCUGUAGAGACUGUGAGCAACAAGUGGCUGUGUAUCAAACCUGCAGCCAGUAAACCAUCCGUAUUAUGCUCUAAAUUUCCACAGUAAACAAAAUAUACCAGCGGCUAAAGCUGAUUUUCACUAUAUACAACUAUGGAGAAGAAAAAACACAGUGUUGUGUCACACAAACUAAGAACCUCUACAUCUCUGUAUCACCAUGCUGCUCUCCAAUUUUCCAUUAGGCUACACUAUUCAGGAAAAUCAUUCUCCACAUUUUCCAGCGCUGCACUACUUGUGAGUUUGCAUGACUUUAACAUUACUCUGGCGAGAAGCGAAGGGCGAGUGCCUGUGAAAGGGUGCAAGUGUCACAUCAUGGGUGAUGUAUUUUAGAUGUUAUUGUGAAUUGUCAAGAGAGAGGUAAGGAAAGGGUUGCAGCAGAUGGUGCUGGUAGUUCUGUGCAGGAGUUUACCAGCCAAGUUAAAUCCCUGCUCCAAACUGAUUUAAAAUGAAAAAGUUUUGUCUUUGAAAACUGAUAAAUGAUUUAUAUGUUUUUUUGCUCUUUCUUAUUUCAGUGCCAACAAAAUGCAGAAGCAAGUGGAGGUCAGGAUGGAUGAGAGCCACCUGGAGCCCAGAGUGGACACCACGGAGAGUCUUUGUAGCUCUCUGUGUGACAAGAUCAUGAAGAACAUGGUUCUUACACUCACAAUCCUCGGUAAGUUCCCAGUCCUGAUUCCUCAUUCCUCAAUUCAUAAAGGUAACAGGAGCAUACAAAGCCUUUGUUGCUACUUUUUACUACAUAUCAUUUGAAUAUAUGAUCUGAAUUCAAUAGAGGUAUCAUUUUGCUUUUGUGUAAACUAAAUAGACGGAAACGAGGAGCUGCUAUUACAUCUAAUUUGUCAUUACCAGAGGUAAACUGGCAGAAAAUCGGGUUUCUGCAGGAUUUUUUAAAACUCUCACACAAAGACUUCUGGAUUAAAAAGAUUUUUUUCUCGCCGUCAUUAUUCUUUUGGUCCCUGCAUGGUGAAGAAAAAAACAUGACCUUUAAAAGAAGGUUUUAUCUCUCACAUGUUCACACAGUAAGAAUUGAAACACAGAUGACACUUUGUGAUGUUAAUCAAGACACUAGUGAGUAAAAAAUGACGGUUUACUCAGCGCAGAUGCUGGUGCGCUCUCACUCAGACACCGUCAGAGCUCACAGCUUCCGUCUCAUGGCUCUGUGAUGGUUUGGUGUUUGAUUUGUGUUUUUCUCGCCCGCUCAGGUGUGUUUUUGGGUUCCAUUGCUGGAAUGCUGCUGCGGCACAUAUCCCCUCUCCCUCCUGAUGUUAUUAUGAUCAUCGCCUUCCCUGGGGAGAUCCUAAUGAGGAUGCUGAAGAUGCUUAUUCUGCCUCUUGUUGUUUCCAGUCUGGUCACAGGUGGGUGGGGUACAGUAGCUGUUGCAAAUGUUCUGCUUAAUUUGCGGGCUGAAUGUCCUGAAAUGAAGACGAGCGGUGCACCUUGUUGCUUUCAGGGAGUUAAGUUGCAACAGGAGAGACGGCAGAGUGGGUGGUUUUUUUGCCAAGCAAACUCAAAAAGUGCUUGAUAAAGUGUUUAUUUUGUGCAUAGAUGAGAUCUGUGUGGAGAGGCACACUCAGGUUUCUGUUGGGUGUAUCUAGCACAGGUACGCAGAUGUUCUUAUUUUUUUUCUUUUUUUGUGAAAAACAAAACUUCAAAAAUUUUAACUAGGCCUACAUAAUCCGCUGACGACAUGGAGAUAUAGUUAGAUUUUCUGGAAGUGAGUUCGGAUGGCGAGAUUUUCACUUGAAUGCAUCAGAGCUGGGAUUUAUGUGGUCAAAUGACGUGUUUUUGGCAAACCCCUUUCAUAAUUUAUUUUACAAUCACCUGACAGACACUGUGCAACUUUGUUUACCCAGCGAUGUUGUAAAAAUAACGUAGCCUUGGCCACGACCCUUGACCGACAUUUAAAACCGUCAGUUAACACAUCAAUUGGCGUUCUCUAUCAAAGAGUGGAGGCCUGACUGCAGGAUCUAAACUUUACGGUUACAUGCAACAUUAUAACCUGUGAUAAAACUCAAUCACAAGCCUUUAUUGUCUAGAGCUAAGUGUGCAGACACAUUUACAACAGCGCCUCUCGGCAACCUUCAGAGUUACAUCAAGUCUUCCUCCCAAACAAUUCCCUCCUUGUGAGCAACUUCUAUCUAAGACUGCUUUUGUGGAUAUUUAUCACACCCAGACGUCUGGAUAAACAGAGUUGCAAUCACUUCUGUCACACUGGAUACCUGGAAACUGAACUUAAAGACGAGUUUAAUUGUCCUGAUAAGUACAAACUUAUAUUUUGCUUCAGUUUGGGACUGAGUCAUCUCACCUUGAGAGAAGUUUAUAUGAAAUGUUUGGUUUAAAGAGUUGUCAGACCCUUCAAGCACAAAGUGUCAGCAAAGAAAAACAGACGCAUUUACAAUGUACACAGCCUUUCAGACAAAGCCUCCGCUGUUCACAAUGAUUACUGGAACAAAUAUCCAGUUUUGGAUGUGAUUUAGAGCCUCUGCAGUGACUUUCACGACAGAGACAUGUCUGUUUUUAAUGUUGCACCGCCUGUGGGCCUGAAGAUCACAGCCACCCGCAAUUAGUUAUUGAUCUUUUAACAAUAUUUUGUACCAAUUUGAUGAAUUUUAGACUCUCAUUGGUCUGAAGUUGCUGAAUUAUCUUAUCUCACAGUGAUGAACCUCUUCCUAUCUAAACUUAUGAAAAGGACUCAGCCUCUCUAAAGUGCUUUUUUUUAACCUUACACUCCUUUUCAGUGUUUUGUUGUUCAUGCUCCAGCUGUUUGGAAGCAUGUUUCUGUUAUUUAAAUUAAUAAAUAAAAAAUUAAAACACCUUUAAAUUUCUGUAUUUAAUAAGUUGUCUUUACAUUGUUUUAAUCAAAAAUUGGCUCGAUAUGAUUUGCAAAUCAUCACCUCCUGUUUUUAUCAACUUUUUACACAGUAUCCCAACUUUUAUGGGAUUGCAGUUGUAAAAGAUUUUAAUCAGUUACAGACUGAAUACUAAGAUAGUAUAAAGGGUUAAUAGUUGUAUUUAGCCAUAGUAAUUUUGCUAAGGUAAUUCCACUAACUGCUGAACCUCCCAUGCCCAAAGGACUUGCCGGUUUGGAUGCCAAAUCCAGUGGCCGUCUGGGCACUCGGGCCAUGGUGUACUACAUGUCAACGACAGUGAUCGCAGCCAUCCUCGGGGUGAUCCUGGUGCUGCUCAUUCAUCCUGGAAACCCAAAGCUGAGGGCAAAUAUGGGACAGGGGAAGAAGAACGACGAGGUGUCAAGCAUGGAUGCUUUCUUCGAUCUCAUCCGAAAUCUCUUCCCAGAAAACUUGGUGCAGGCGUGCUUUCAACAGGUACAGUAGGAGUCUUCUCACCCCCAUGUACGGUCUGAUUCAUACCCUGAGGUGCUCCAACUGUUUGUUCUUCUUUUUGAUUUACAUCCAGAUCCAGACGGUAACCAGCAAAGUACCUGUGCCCACUAACAGAACCAAAGCACCUCCACAGUUCACAAUAAAGAGGUCGCUCCAGUUCAAGGGAGGGAUGAAUGUCCUGGGUAGGUGAAAAGUUAGAAAACACUCCCACUGCACAAGUGAAGAGGAAUAGUUCCUGAAGAAAAAAGAAAGUUAUUUUUCACCUUAAAUUAUAUAAGAGGAAAAAAACAGAUAACACACACCAACACCACUGCUGUACAAUUGAACAAUUCAAACAAAUCCACUGAAAACUGGUCAAAUAAAUGGAUGAAUGCAUGAAGAUUAAUUAUGUUAUGACAGAUCUUAAGAUGAGACAGAUGAGCUGGGCGUCUUUGUGCCAGAAAAACAAAAGAAUUUCAAACAUUUUCUCUCUAAUGCAUUCUAUCAGGCAAAAGCUGAAAUAAAUAUCGCAAAUAUAUGUUUUCACAUCCAAAUCCAACCAUUCGCCGAAACAUACUAUCAAACCUCCAGAUAGACACACUUCAGAUUUACCACAGACCCGUGUGGAUUUUCCAUCAGUGCACCAUAGGUUAACUUCAGGCCUGUGCUUGCAGCGUGUGAAAAAGCAGGACUGUUUAUAGAUUGGUCGACAUCACUUCAUUUCCACCUACAGUGAGAUGUGAAGCCAAAUAAACACCUUGACACACACUGAUACAUUGCAUUGAUGCAGCCGAUGCAGACACUACUAGUUUUGGAAAAUAGAGCUGUUCUUCCCAUACUCUGAUAAUUCAGCACUGCAGGAGCCUGCAUUGGUCAACAGAGAUGUCAAUCAAUGAACCAAUUAAAACCAAACCUAUUGAAAAAUGAACAUGACAUUAUAUUAAGUAGCUACAACUUAGGAGAAAUCAGUGUGACGUGUAUUUUUAGUUUCAUAGUUUGACCCCGGUUCCAUCUGUUAAUGCAGAAAAGGUGUAGUUCAUGAUCUAUACUGCAGACAGCCAGGAGGGGGAGCUCUAAAUCUUUUGGCUUUAUUGUCAAUGGACACCCAAGGCCUCCAUUUUAGUCUAGCUAGCCUAUCUAACGUUAUGCAGCUGAUCCUACAGUACGAUAAGUUGGGCUAGCUAGGUUUCCUACUGGUUUAACAGCAACAGUUUAGAGACUAAUGGACUAAUGGGACAUAAUGGACUAGACUAGAGGAUAAUCAGCCCUGCAAGCACGGUGCAAUAUUUUUAACUUAUAGUUAAAAUCAAAAUAAAGAUUGUUCAUAAUCAUAACAUGUUGGUUUUUAUGGAUAUGUACGAGGAUGGCCCAAUAUAAAUGGACACCAAACCAAAUCUCUUUUUUGAGAUAUAUGCAUUUAGACCAAAAACACAGACACUAAAAAUGCAAAUGUCAUCAUAUAUGUGGCAUGUUUUUAGAAAUGAGAUCAUUGCAAGACUCACUGAGCAUUUUGGGAUACGUUGUGUCUUACAGGUUUGAUCGGAUUCUUUGUUGCUUUCGGUGUGAUCAUGGGGAAAAUGGGGGAGAAAGCCAAGCUGAUGUUGGAGUUUUUCAACGUCCUGAAUGAGAUCGUUAUGAGGCUCGUUGGUGCAAUCAUGUGGUGAGUAUCAUCAUCUGUGACGCUGCCUUACUGCUGACAAUCUGCAAAAAGAAGAUAAAAAUGUAGAGUAGUCUUAUCACUAAAAGAGCACAUCCUGGGUCAUUUUCAGGUACUCCCCUGUUGGUAUUGCUUGCCUCAUCUGCGGAAAGAUCAUCUCCAUCGCUGACUUGGAGGUGGUGGCGAGGCAGCUGGGGAUGUACAUGAUCACUGUGAUAGUGGGCCUCAUCAUCCACGGAGGAAUCUUCCUCCCGCUGAUAUAUUUUGUAAUAGUGAGAGAAAACCCCUGGACGUUCUUCAUGGGAAUAUUUCAAGCUUGGGUCACAGCGCUCGGGACAGCAUCCAGGUACAAAGGAUUUCUCAUUUCCUUCAGUUUAUUAAUCUUAGAUUCAGACUCUGGUACUGGUCAUAGUGAGAACAACAGAGCUCAGGUCCCCUCUCCUGUGUCUCUGUGAAUAAUGUGAUCCACAUUUUCAUCCCAAAGUAACCCUGAUUUUCUAAUGUUAAACCAUGAAGUAGUCAGGCCAGCCACGGCUCCUCUCUUUGCCUCCAUGUGGGAUAUCUCCCUUUCACAUCAUGUUUUAUUAAUGACAUGGAAGAGCUGGCUCUCCUCCUGAGGUGAGCUCAGUUCUCUCAAGUUCACCACUCCUCUGCCAACCAGAAACACUUCUUAAUUAUCAGACAAAGCAUACAAAACAACUGCUGAGUCACAACUGCAGUUCCCUCUGUGAGAUUCACCCUGGAAGUGAAUUCAAACUAAUUUAACUUUGGCAGAGUUAAACUCAAGGAAGCCUCAGCCUACUGUCUUUGGCUGGAUGGCAAUUUUUUAAGUGGAUUUAUUUCGCUGUGAAUAAAUUAACGGUGUAAUUAAGUUUAAAAAUGAUUGCAUCAUCAAGUGGGACCCAGUGAAAUUGGAUUUCAUUAGAGACAAUGUUUUAAUUUGUCAAAGUGUUCUUGUUGUCUGCAAGUUCAAACCCUCAGGACUGAACUUUGGUGCUUGCUUAUCAAAAUAAAACAUGUCCGCCCGUGUCUUUCACCACAGCGCCGGUACCCUGCCUGUCACGUUCAGGUGCCUAGAGGAGAACCUGGGCAUCGACAAGAGGGUGACACGCUUCGUCCUGCCAGUGGGCGCCACCAUCAACAUGGACGGCACAGCGCUUUAUGAGGCCGUGGCCGCCAUCUUCAUCGCUCAGAUGAACGGGAUCGCGCUCGACUGGGGCCAGAUUAUAACUGUCAGGUGAGAAAGUGGAUGCAGAGAAGUAUCUUCACAUAUCUGAGAGGUUACACACUGGUGAUGAACAAGAGUGACUUUCCUUAUUUCAAAUUCUAUCAUCCCACAUAAAAACUGAUAAGAUCUGCGUGCAGUAAAGAGGUUGUGAAUUCUUGAAACCUCACAGAAACUAUCAUUUUAUUUCUCAGCACUGAAAUGGAAUUAUAGUUUGGGGGUUAUGGCAUCAUUUUUAUGACUGUAAAUGUUUCAAUAUCACUUACCAACUAAAUCACAGCGGGAUACAAUCCUAGUUUGAUCAUUUCAACCCUUGAAUUUAUCUGUUUCUGACACCAACAGCAUUAGAAGUGUUGACUCUCACUGUAAAAAGCCUCACAUCUCGCCCUCCUGCUGACUGUUGCACCUUCCUCCUCCGCAGUAUGACAGCCACUCUGGCCAGUGUUGGAGCAGCCAGUAUCCCCAGUGCUGGACUGGUGACCAUGCUUCUGAUCCUCACAGCUGUGGGUCUGCCCACUCAGGACAUCAGCCUGCUGGUGGCUGUGGACUGGCUGCUGUAAGUUCACAACAAACAAAGACAGCAACACUAAAAGAUGAUCUGUUUCCUGCCUUCAUAUUUUAUUGAUUUAUCAAUGCUUAACAUGGUAAUAACUGAACUCCAAAGAUAAGUCAUGUUUAAUCAGAUCAAAUUCUGUAUAAAUUGCCGGUGACAUGAUGCCAAUAGUUCCUUCACUUGAAUCCAUCACGAUCAUAACCAGGCUUAGAUGUGAGAGAUGAUGAGAAAUCUCUCUGGUUUCAUGGAUUUUUGGAUUAAAUUAUCAAAGAAUAUGUCUAAACGUCCUUUGGUAUGAAAGUACGGCAACUUAUUUUAUGUGGCAGUACUUAACUAGUUCAGUUUUAAGUUGUUCACACACUUAAAAAAGGAAAUGUUUCACUGUUUUAAGCUAGGUUGCAUGAGGUGCUUGUCAAGAGUAAGUGUAGAAAUCAACCCGGGUCAGACUAUUGAGAAUCCUAAGAGUCUGAACAGAAACUAGGUUAUCAACCGCUAUAGACAGGGUCCACUCUGCUCCAUUAUUUAGCUAACUUUGAGAAAUUAAGACCCAAACACCAAUGUUAGUGCUCUUUCCACAAUCAAAUGUAAAGUUAAUUGUUACUGCAUUAAUUUUGAGGCACUUAAAUUAGAACUAAAAGUUUCCAAUCUCGCAGCUGCUGGUUUUGUUUGCAUUUGCACAUCACCGGAAGGCAUCAAUAUGAAUUUCAGUCGAUUUCAUAAGUUUAAAAAAAAAUCCCCACAGGAGUUUUAAAAUUAGCUGAAUUACGAAGAAGAGCUGACCCCGUCUGCAGGGAUUGAUAGUCUAGCCUCAGUUCAGGUUCUCCAUACGAUUUCCCAACAAAGGAGUCGAGCUGACCACCAGCUGUGAGUAACACACGACAACUGACAAGUCCUUCAUUCAACCCCCGCUUCAGAAAGAACAAAUUACCUCUUUCACAUGGAAUCAAGUUGAAUGUGAGGAAAGUAAUUAUCUAAAAUCUAUUUGGAGUGCAAAUAUAGAGCGGUUAUAGGUCGUGAGUGAGGCUGUUAGUGGCCAGAAAUUAAAAACAGGAUAUUAAAGUGCAGUACUAGGAGGGGGAAAUCGACUACAUCUGAAGGGGAACAGAAAACUCUUUCGCUCUCUGACCCAAGGAGCAAUCCGACAACUUUUUAAUUUGUUUUUUUUCAAUGUUUGUCCACGGCCUGACAACUUUUGCUUUCUUUUUUUAAACAGUUCUCAUGCAAACUCACACAGUUCACUCAUUGCAGAGUUAGAUGGCAGUAGUGUUUUUACUUUUGAUCGAAAUGUUCAGUUUUUUUUUUUUCAUUUUAGCGAGUACGAAUUGAUCAUGAGCUUGUCCUGAUACAUAUUUUCUGGGGGUGUUAACAAAUGUGGCUGUCCGGCUUUGAUGACCUUUCUGUAGCUCUGGAGUUUUACUCUCCACAUACCCACCUACUCACUCACUGAUAUUUUUGUGUUGGUUCAGAAUCAAAACUACACUGCACAUAAUCCAUUAGCAAAGAGACAAAAAGUCCUGGCAGAUUCUCUCUCUGUUGGCAGCUGUUCUGGUAUUACUCAUGUGGGAAUAAGCUGCCCCACCUACAACCUCACCUGAUCGCAGGGAUUUUGCUGAACCUCAGGCCAAAUGAUUCAUAAAAAGGAUAGAAACUCCUUUGACAAAUUAAUUAACCUUGAAAGAUUAUUGUUCUUCUGCGCACUGUUGCAGAAUACUGCAAAAGAGUCUUCAUUAAAUUGUGCUUUUCUUAGAAAACGUAUGGUGCCUGUCAAAGGUUAUUGUGCUGCAGCUGAGGUAACUACUCCCCAAAGGGGGACGAGAAUGCAAGUUCAGAAAGUGGUGAAAACAGUGUAAAAGUAAUGCAGCAACAAAAGGGCUGAUAAAAGCAUGCAUGCUGCAGCAACAGAAACAAUGCUAAAAGAACAACUGCAAUAGAAGCAAGCUGCAAAACCAGUGAUAUCUACAGAAUUGAAUCAUUUCUCAAACUUGCAGCCUGAAAAUUGGGAUUUUGCAGAGCAGUUGCAUUGUCAGUCACCAUGGAAAUCAAACUUCUUUUUGUUUAGCUAUUUAUACCUAAAAUGUAGAUAAGCAAAUACUGGCAUCUGUCACUGACCUUUUCCAUUUGUUCCUCUUGCAGGGAUCGUUUCCGUACCUCCGUGAACGUGGUCGGGGACUCGUACGGAGCGGGCAUCGUGUAUCACCUCUCCAAACACGAGCUUGACAGCUACGACUCCCAGCAGACCCGGAUGGAGGACUUUGAGAUGUCAAAGACACAAUCAUUUUAUGAAAAUAACACCAACCAGAAUGUUUAUGCCCACCACAACUCAAUCUUAAUAGACGACUGCAAGGUACAUUUCACGUUAACAGACAUAGAGACUUGUAUGUAGAUGACCUUCCCCGGCUCUGUGGUUGUGUUGGUCCUCCCUCUGUCUGUCUGUCUGUCUUUGUGUUUCUUUUCUAUGAGACUUCCCAUAUGUGAAUAGUAAAUGUCAUAUUUUCAUGGCAGAUUUUUUUUUUGUAUUAAAAAAGGGUGAAGAAUCAAUAAUAAAUAUUUCUAUAUUUAUUGACUCACCGGUUAAUCAUAUGAAAAAGCAGUUUUUGUGAUACCAGGUCUGAGAAAACCAUUUCUUUUUUCCUUUUUUUUUAUAAAACAUUUUCAUUUUUAUCCAUAAAAAGUCUAUUUCACUCUCAUGAAAUACAAACAGCUUUUCAUUUAUUUAUUUAUUCAUUUUUUACUUUAAGGCAUCAUCUCAGCGUGUUGUCUUGUACUCAGUUCUAUUCGACUUGGUGUUGUGGUUUGCAUUCAUUUUAUACAGAGAUUGUCAUUUUUUCUGUCCGUUAAAUUGGACAUGUAUUUGUGGCAGCCCAGAUCAAACUUUUCUAGACUUUUUCUAACCAGUGGUACACAUAAAGACUGCUGUUUCACCUUGCUUCAUCCAAAGGCAAGCAUACAUUCAGGAAAUGUAUGUAACUAUUUCUAUCCUGCUUUCUUAACAAACCAGUGUAAAUUUUUUAGUUAUUUCUUUUAGAGAAGCAAAUCUAUAUUUCACUGUCUGUAUGAUGCAACAUUUUGUCUGAUACAAAAGUUGCAUUAUGAUUGUUUGAAAAUGUAAUUCAGUUGGGCGGAGAAGCCAUAAAAUACAUGGCCAACUACUUUUUUAUACAUGUAAUCCUGUAACUGCAAACAGACAUGUAAACAGCAUCUGUUUUUUAUUGUAAUGUUAUUUUCUAUGUCGAGUGGAAUUCACCUGCUCUAGCCCGACCUCAAAGGCCUGAUUGUAGUGAAGCUAUGGCUUCUCUUCCCAACCAUUCCUGUUGUUUAAAAGAUGGUGCCUUGGCCCAGAUGGUUAGAUGUUCCUCAUAACUGCUUACAGGUCACCAUGGGCAAAAAUGGCAAGACUGCAGAGUUCUCUCUUGUUGAGGAGGGACCGUGGAAAUGCGAGUAA